UCGGCACACGGUUUCUCUUCUCCCUCCGGAGCAAGCAUUCCCCCUGCACCACCGGACCACCCGUCUCCGCACGCCGCGUGGCCUCCGAUCCGACUUCUCUCCGUAUAUUACCACGAGAGCCGGAGGCCCGGAGCAGUCAAGCACCACAGGCAGCAAACAACGAGAAUCUACACACCGCGCUCUCCAACUAUCGAUCUCUCCUCGUCGAUUCUCCAGGUGCCCACAAAUGGACGGGCCGGACGUGGUGAUGCCGGCGUGGUCGCUGGUCCGCGGCUACCUCUCCCCGGCGACGCUUUUCCUUCUGCUCAACGUGGUCAUCGGCACCAUCGCGCUCUCCUCCCGCUCCCAACGCCGCCGCCCCCAAAACCACGGCGACGGCGACCACCCACAACACCAACCACAGCAUCACCAGGAGCAGCAGGGCUACAACAACGAUCGGUACGCUCCUGCGCAACCUCCGGCCCCGCUGGCGCGCACGUCGUCCGUCAUGGAGCGGCUGCGCUCCCUCGGCCUCUACCGCUUCCGCUCCGGCGACUUCCCUCCCGAGUACAACCACGGCCUCGCCAGCGCCAAUGUCGACGACGACAGCAGCAAGCAACAGCCGCAGCAGCAGCAGCCUCAGUACGCCAGGAGCCGGUCGGAGCCGUCCGUGAGGCCCCCGGCAAAGAAGACGGGCAACGAGGGGGAGAAGGCGGCCAAGGCGAAGGUGCCGAAGAAGCCGAGCUCCGAGGUGAAGAAGCUGGAGCGCGCCCCUGCGCCGGCGCGGCCGCUCGUGCAGCGCGCCCCGAGGGCUCCUCCUGCGGCGGCUCGCGUGGCCGUGGCGACGCCGGCGAGGCAGGAGGAGGAUGCGGGGGGGCGGCCCGAGGCUGCGGCAGCGGCGGGGUGCGUGGACGCGAGGGCGGACGACUUCAUCAACAAGUUCCGGCAGCAGCUGCAGCUGCAGAGGCUCAACUCGCUGCUCAACUACAAGGAGAUGCUCAACCGCGGCACGUAGCCGCAGAGCAGAUUGCCCGUACCUCAUACCUGCAGGCCGCCGCGCGUUCGAUUAGCAUAGUGAUUCUGUUGCUGUUCAUUGGAUUGGUUUCUAAGUUCUGCAGUGUAAGAGUUGUCGCAGAUGAUAAUUAAGUUGGAUCCUGCAAA